CUUAGGUACACAGGUACCUAGGCACACUCAAUCAUAUCGACUCUCAUCUCGGCUCUGAAAUUCAACUGGCCAAUUCAGUGGAAAGUGCAGAGACGGCUCAAUGCCCGGCUGGUAGCUUCGGCAAAGGCAUGCGCAGAACCACAACUCGAGCAAGAAGGUCAUUCUCGUCUCUACACCUUGGUUGCAAUAACUUUUCAUGGAAUUCCCAGUUUCUACAUUUGCUGACCACUCUGGCCCCUGGAUCCAAACGUACCGGCAAGCAAGGUCGGGCGCCAAUGUGAUGUGUGUCCCUUCCCCAGGCAACCACAUUUCGUACAAGCCAUCUUGCCGUUUCCCAACCCGUGCCAUUUCCAUCAAUUCAUCACUCAUCGUUUCCUCGAAAACAAUCUGCAGUCCCCUGAAACAAACCACCUCACCUUACAAAGCCAUACUCUCGAACAGGGCACAUCAUGACUUCCCUGCUAUGCUGCCAUAUCCCUGUUCAGACCACCAAGUCAGCAGACCUGGGAAAUGACGAGUUGGUCACCGCCAACCACAGCAUUGAGGCGUCGGCACCGAGGCCACAGACCAACUUAAUGGACUUGCCGACGGAACUUCAUCUUCUUAUCAGCAAGGAGCUCACGUAUCCUGACGCGCUCUCCCUAAAACAUACCAGCCGUCACUUCUACAACCUGGUCGACACUGGCGUUCGGCUCAAGGUGGCGUGGCUAAUGGAGAGGAGAAUGCUGCACCUGGACUGUCCAAACGACCGGAAGUGCAACCUGCGUUCUGACCUCGAGUUUUGCAGGGGUAGCGUAACGUGUGUCAUCUAUAUAAUCACCACACUGCAACAUCUGUCUCGGAUUUCGCUGACAUUCAGCACCAACAGUCUCCUAAUACAAAGGCGUCGGGAGCACAUCGAAUGUGAGUCCCGGCCAGGCCUCGGCUGCUUAGUCUUUGCAACUCCGCAAUGCGCCUAUCGGCGGGACUGGAGGACUGCCUGGAGACGCUGGAUGAAACGGCAGAUCACAGUUGAGAUCUGGUGGAUUGUGCUGGCCGCAAUCCCACUGAUAUUGGGCUGGCUCUGGAUGGCGGAGCUCACGAACUGGGCAGUGGCCUGAGAUACACUUAAUGGGGUCUUUCGAUUAGAGUCUCCAAGCUACCCUAGGGUAGUGGUCCAAACACCUGAAAGCGAUUAAGAGACAGAAAGUCAUUUUUCCUGAGGGAUAUGAA